AUGGAGAGGCCUUCGGCGAACGACUCACUCCCCGGUUCCUUCCAAUACAAGGUGGUAUCCACAGUGUCCCAGGUCGAAAAGCUUCCGUACAAGGUCAAGGACAUCUCCCUCGCGAAGCGUGGACGUCAGGAAAUCAAACUGGCCGAAGUUGAAAUGCCGGGCUUGAUGGCUCUGCGUGAGAAGUACCGCGACGAGAAACCGUUGGCAGGUGCACGCAUCGCCGGCUGUCUUCACAUGACCAUUCAAACGGCUGUGCUGAUUGAAACGUUGGUCGAACUGGGUGCCGAAGGCAUGACCGAAGAAGAAUUCGAUUGGUGCAUCGAGCAGACCAUCUUCUUCCCAAGCGGCGAACCACUCAACUUGAUCCUGGACGACGGUGGUGACCUGACCGCGAUGGUUCACGACAAGUUCCCGGAACUGCUGGACGGCAUCAAGGGUCUUUCGGAAGAAACCACCACAGGCGUUCACCGCUUGUACCAGAUGCACCAGAAGGGCGAACUGAAGACCCCAGCCAUCAACGUCAACGACUCGGUCACCAAGAGCAAGUUCGACAACUUGUACGGCUGCCGCGAAUCGCUGGCCGACGGUAUCAAGCGU